AUGGCAGUCUACCUCUUCAACCUGUCCAUCUCUGACCUGCUCUACACUAUCUCUCUGCCUGUGUGGAUAGAGCUGGCCCUGCAGAGACCUCUCGGUGGUCUUUGCAGUUUGGUGGCAGUGAUCAUGUACAACAGCUUCUACGUAGGCUCGGGCCUCCUUUGCUGCAUCUCUGUUGAUCGCUACCUAGCAGUGGUCUAUCCUCUCCACUUUCACUGGGUCAGAGAGGUGCGGACGGCAGCAAUAGUGAGUAUUGCCCUCUGGACUCUGGAGAUUACCAUUCACAUCAUCUUGCUUGACCACACAGGGGCACUGCAAGCUUUCUCCUCAAGAAACGUAUGUGAUGAGCGAAUACCCAUGACACAAGAAGACGGCAACCUCGCCCUUACACGUGUCACCCUGGGUUUCUUGGUCCCUAUUUUCAUCAUGACCUUUUGUUUUCAGAAGAUCAUGCAAUCGCUCAAAAAGAACACCUCAAUCCUGACAGUGGAGCGCAGGAAAGUGGGACUGCUGCUGUUUUACCUUCUUCUAACCUAUAUAGUGGCUUUUAUGCCCUACCAGAUUGUCAUGCUGCUGAGAGCCAUACUGGAGCCAGGGACCUGCUCCUGGGCCACAAGGCUUAGAGAUCCAUACCUGGUCACUGUUGCCACGACAACCAUAAACAGUACACUGGAUCCCAUAAUAUACUGUUUAAUCAGCGAGAGCGCUCAGAGAGAGUAUGAGCACAUAAACUCCACAUCUGCAAUGGAAAACUUAACCCUGAGCUCAAAUCGUUCAGAAUGCUACCCAGUUGAUAGCGCUUCAAGGAGGAGGUCGUUUAUGUUUUUCUACCUGGCUAUCAUCGUCACUGCCAUCCCAUCCAACGCCUUCUCCCUGUACGUGUCGUGGCAGCACAUCAGACAGAAGAACGGUCUCGGUGUGUAUCUAUUUAACUUGGCGCUGAGUGACCUGACCUUCACCAUCGGCCUCUCCCUGUGGCUGGACUUUCUGUGGAAAGGACUUUGGAUCCACGGAGGCUACGUUUGUAUGCUAUCUGUCUACUUCCUCUACACUAACUUUUACACCAGUGAAGCUCUCCUCUGCUGCAUCACUGUUGACCGCUACCUAGCAGUGGUUCACCCCUUUAAGUACACUUUCCUGAGGAAAGUGAAUACUGCAGCAGCAGUUGGUGUUGCCAUUUGGUUGUUGGUGUUCUGUUUCAACGCUACAACCAUCUCUUGGGAAGACUCAUACCAUGAGUACAACACGUUUGCAGUGUGCUUUGAUAAUUUUCUCCCGCUGUCAGGGAACCUUGUCUGGGCUAAUGUAGCACGCUUUAUCCUGGGCUUUAUUAUUCCCUUUCUCCUGGUGGUGUUUUCCACCUGGGGGAUCUGGGAGGCCGUCAAAUCCAAUCAGGCCACAAAGGAACGAGAACGUAAACGUAUCCUAAAGCUGCUGACGGUAGUUCUGCUCUGUGUUUUGUUCUGCUUUGGGCCUAUCCACGUCAUGAUGCUCCUCCGCACACAAAUGGAUGACUGCAGGGAGGUUGCAUGGCUCCUUUACCCAUACAAAAUCAGCAUAGCUCUCUCCAGCUUAAACUGCCUUGCAGACCCUCUCCUUUACUGCUUCAUUACUAGAACGGGGAAGGCAAAUGUCAAUCAGGUUGUUCUAUUCUUCCAGGUAAAGAAGAGGAGCAAUGAUGAAGAUGUGGUGUAG